UUAUAUUUCGUUGUGUGUCUGUGUUUCCCCCCUGAGUUAUGAGACAAGUUCCUGAGGGAGUGUAUUCAGUGUGUGUCUCUCUGUAGUACAGUGUCUCAGAGCAGGGACUCGGUUAAAACUUGCUGAUGUAGCCUACUGUUUGUUCAGUGUGUGUGUGUGGGAUGUGUGGAGAAGACACACUAGAUGAGCUGGGCUUUGUGGGAGGAUGAUGGUAGGGUGUAGCUGACUCAGGUGGACUCCAUGGCCAGUCCUGUGUCGGACACUUGUGUGUGUCGGCGCAACAGUAAACUGGAGACGUUUCUGAAGAGAAACGCUGACCGAGCCGUGCACGAGCGGAUUCAGUACUACGAGGCGUGUGUGGUCGUUUCAGAGCAACUCGACAAGGUGUUCAUGCACGUUGUGCUCACCGACGACUCCAUUUACCUGACUGAGUACCAGCCACGCACACUCCACAGAGCUCUCCACUUCAGCGUCAUCGUGCACAUCGAGCUGAUCAAUGAUCUCCCAGACUUCCUCAGUGGCAAAGUCCAAGAGCAGUCACUCCACAUACGUGUUGUGCAUACACAUGCAAAAGAUGUUGGGAAACAUGGUUCAAGAGACAGGGGGUCUGCCUUGACCAAGCCUCAGUCUGUUGCCACACCCCGUCAACAAGACAACUAUGGACAAAGCUGCUCUCUGGAAGGAAUCAGCAGGGUUCAGCAAGGUCCUGACUGGAGAACGUCUCCAUCCUCGAAUAGAGAUGACGGAGAUGGAUGCAAGGGCAAGAGAAAGAGUAAGAGCUCUGUCCUGGCCAGACUGAAAAAAAGAGCAGCUGGGGAAAGAGAGAAAAAAAUAGAGGAAGAAGAGAAGAAGGAGGCUGAGCUUCAUCUGUAUGCUGUGAUGCUCACGUCACAAAUAUAUGUUCACCUCCAAAGAUCCUGGAACAGUUAUAUCAUGAGAUCCACACUGAUGCUGAGGACAUGCACCGUGUCAUCCCCCGCCUCCUCCAAGAAACACAAACGCAACCUCAGCUGGGAGCGGACAUGUCACCUGUUCAGCCAGCUGAGUGGGGAGCUGUUACAGGACGAGCUCAGCUUGGAGAGUUUGUACCUGCUGCUUCAGGAGCUCUGUACUGCUGCACAUCACAACCCAGCUGUCAAAACACUCUUCUGGAGGUCACCUGAGCUCUAUCCAUUCCUGGUGAAGACGCUGGCUGAAAGCUUGCAGCUCUCUCAGGACAGACUACACACUGCUGACAGACUACUGCUUUCCAUGUUAGUGGUUCAGACCAUAAGCCUGAUGUUUGGUGAGACGGAAAAAGGACCUGCUCGCUUUAGCAUACUAACAUCCAAGCAGGGAAGCAUGACAGCAGCCUUGCUCUUGGCUUUGGUGUGUGAUCCAGUGCUAGAGCCCUACAAUUGCAAUUCUCCAUCUCACACAGAGCUACAGGUCUUACAAGCAGAGUAUCUGGAUGCAGCGUCCGUUCUGCUUUUUGAGGUGGUGAUGUUUUGCCAGGAAACAAGUCGCAUCCCGAAUGCAGGACACUUUCUGACUGUGGCUUGGGUUUUUGAAACACUUAAAGCCCACCCUUCCUUUCUCCUGUUUAUGGGUUAUCAGGCCCAGCGUGUGGUUCUGGCAAUGUCAUAUACGUCUGAGUCUCCCUUGAGCCCAUCUCAGGCUGUCCUCUUAUACCAGCGGUGCCACUUGCUCCUGACCUGCAUGCAGCACAACACCUGCGUGAACACCUACAUUAUUACAGAACUCAAAGAAGAGUUCAGGUAUUAUGUGAGACAGUCAGGGCUAGAGGACAAACUUCCCCCUCACUACCCCAUCAGUAGGCCAGCACGGCAUCUCCUCUCCCAGCUGCUCAGCCUGGUGCUCGGCAAGCCCUGAACUCUGAACCUUUGUUAAUCAUGAGGACUGUUUACAGCCGUCUGUCUCAUACACACAUUUGUACAAAUAUCCUGUAAGCCCUAGAUAAAUUUGUGUUUUUUUUUAAUCUUAUUAACUGAUGAUCAUGGACUCAUAACUGGUGUAUUAUGUACUUGGCCAGUUGUGGGGAAUAGGGAGUAGGGCAAAGUGAUGAUUCAGGGUCCAGUAUACUGUGUGUAGACAGCUAGGGGAACACUUUUAUCACAUGGAUUCUCUGACCAGGAUAAUUGUUGCUGAGAUGAGUGAAGAGCUUUUGUUGUCAUACUGCAACAACAACAAAGUUAAAUGUAGUCUGUAUUUAUAUAGGAUGUGUUUCAGGCCUACUUUAUGUAUAUGAAGGAAAUAUUUACUUUUAAUCAUUUGCUUCCUAUUAUUUGACUCUAUGAACACUUGCUAAAGUUUAUAUUCAUUCACAUAUUGUUUCGUAUUAUACAUGACUGGUUAUACCUAAAAAUAUAUUUUUCAUUUCUUGUGUUUGAGAGCGAACCGGUCAAACCUUUCUGAAGUUAUGUUUCUAUUAAUCUUAGAAAAUUCUUCAAGUAUGCAAUAAACAUCAGAG